UUUGGCUGCUGUACAUAGGAAAGUGUACAACAGCUUAGUGUAAUUAGAGAAGCCUUUGAAACUGCAGCUUUAAGUCAAAACAGAGACUUUAGUUAAGACAAGGUGGCUAUAAAUAUCAUUAGAUUAUAUGGGUAACAAAAGCCAUGUAAGAGGCCUAUUCAUUUGCUGCAAUUUUAUAUCCAUUUGCUCUAGCUCCUUUUAUUACAUUCACUCCACAUUCACAUGAGUCUAUGUUCACUAUAAGACUAAUAAGCCAUAUUUCCUGAUUAGUACAUAAUUGGAACAUGCCUGCAUUAUACUUGCUAGUUUUGUGCUUCUUGUUCAUGUGAUUCACUCUCUUCCCUUUUAUCCCUGCACUCAGCAAUACGCCUUCCUCGUCAUGGAGUAUGCAGGGGGAGGCAAUCUCAGGAAUCUGUUGUCCAUCAAGCAUCAGCUGAAAAAAAGACACAUCAUCUUUUACUCAGCAGAACUGAUUUGUGGACUUCAGUAUCUCCAUUCUCUAGGCAUCAUCCAUCGUGACCUGAAGCCUGAAAACAUCCUGCUUACCUGUGAAGGACACGUAAAGAUUGCCGAUUUUGGAGUUUCAGCAGAAGGAGUGUUUGACCGCAAAAAAAUUGGUGGAGUAAUAGGAACAAACUGGUACAUGCCCCAGAGUAUCUCUAAAAGAUUUAUUCUGAAGAUUUGGUCGCUGCUAAAUAACCCCUGCCACCAGGAGAAAGAUUUCAGUGUGACUGAAGAUCACCAAUGCCCUGGCCAAGAAUUCAUGCGAUUGCUGUGCGGAGCGGCGGGAGCAGAUGACGUAAGCAGCGGAGAGCUGCGCAGGCAUCUCUCCUACAUUAACACCUUGUCUGAACAGCAAGAUGAACAAAAUGAUGAAGAUAAGAAGAGGACAUUUCUUGUGAGAUAA